AUGAAUGAAACAAAGCUUGGCUUAGUCGAUCCAAAAGAUGUUGUGGUAUUGGCGUCGUACCGUCGUGCAAUAUCUCGACAGUUGUACAAAGAUGAAGAUCGUUUUGAACAAGUACAGAUUCGUGUACGUCAGCAUUUAUUGAACACACUUGGAUGUAAGAUAACAGAUAUUGAAAAAAUUCUCCAGUGGGAAUGGAUUCCACGUGAUAAAUGUGGUUUCAGAUUAGCUGGUCAACCAUUAAAAGUACCAAUACCAACGCGUAUCAGAAAUUCUCAACAAAGUGCAAUACGUCUUUAUGAAACUAUGUCUCGGUCAGGAUAUAGUGUUGGUAAUAUAUCAAGUGUGCUACCUGAAUUUGCACAAAUAUCUUCCGGAAAAGGUCCUGUCAACAACUUCGCAGUAAUGAGAUCAUCAUCCUGUUACUAUGUACCAACACAAAUCUCCUUCACGGAUCAUGGUGAUGGAUUUUUUUUACAGCAAAUGGGUGGUAUCAAACUUCGACCACAUUUAGAAUAUCAACAAGCUCCAAUAGUCAAUUUAAAUCCUUCAAAUGGUGACACAGGUUUACGUGGCUUUAAUCAACGUAUGAACCAAGUACUUCCUCCACAAAAUGGUAUAUCAUCAUAUAUUACUGGUAAAUAUGGUGAAAAAAGAGCGAAUGGUCCACAUGGUGGAGUUGACUUCAAUUACAAAGUUCCUGGACAACGAGGUAUUAAUUUACAACAUCCAACAGUUAACUCACCAGUGGAUGGAAAAGUUGUAUUUGUUGGUGGAAACUAUGGUACGGUUAAAAUUCGUACAUCCGAUGGUUACAGUCAUGAGAUAUUACAUUUACAUACCACCAAUGUCCGUGUCGGUGAUGUAGUAGAAGCGGGACAAGCGAUUGGUACUAUGGGUGGUCGAGGACCACAGAAAGCGACGCAAUAUGCACAACAUGUACAUUAUCAGAUGAAAGAUUCCAAAGGUCGAAGAGUAGAUCCAAAGGAAUAUUUUGAAAAAGAAGACAAGAAACAAACAGGCUCGACGAAACCAUAA